AUGGCAGCGGAAGGGAAUGGAAGCCCCAACGCUCACUUCGUCCUCUUGGGAUUCUCUGAGCAGGGCAAUGUCCAGGUUGAGCUGUUUGGGGUGUUCCUGGUGAUGUAUGGGAUCACCCGGGUGGGGAACGUGGGGCUGCUGGUGCUGAUCCAGCUGCUUGCCCAGCUCCACCUCGACCUCUGCUAUUCCUCCUGCAUCACUCCCAGGCUGCUCCGGGAUCUCCUGGAUGAGGACAAGGUCAUUUCUCACGCGGCGUGCCUCACGCAGUUCUGUUUUUACGUGGCCUUUGCCACCACCGAGUGCUACCUCCUGGCCGCCAUGGCCUACGACCGCUACGUGGCCAUCUGCCAGCCCCUGCACUACUCCGUCUCCAUGUCCCCGGGGAUCUGCACGCUCCUGGUGGCCGCCUCGUGCCUGGCUGGGGUCCCCAACGCCGCUCUCCACACGGGCCCGGCCAUGGGGCUCAGCUUCUGCGGCCCCAACGUCAUCGACCAUUUCUACUGCGAGGCGCCCCCGCUCUUCGCCCUCUCCUGCACGGACCCCGCACCCAACGAGCUGGGCAUGUUCAUCACGGCUGGCUUCCACCUGGCCACCACCAUCCUGGCCAUCCUCCUCUCCUACGCCUUCAUCCUGGCUGCCGUCCUGGGCGCGCGCUCGGCCGCGAGGAAGCGCAAAGCCUUCUCCACCUGCGCGUCCCACCUGGCUGUCGUGGUGCUCUUCUACGGAUCCCUCCUGUCCAUGUACUCCCGGCACAGCUCCAGGAGCUCCCGGGAGUGGGACAAGGUGGCCUCUGUGUUCUACACCAUGGUGGCACCCAUGCUGAACCCCUUCAUCUACAGCCUGAGGAACCAGGAAUUAAGAAACUUUCUUGGCAAAGCCCAGAAGAUCUUGUUAAGCUGGUGA